UCUUCAGUGUCCUCCGUAGCAGGUGGCUGAGGGAUAAUCCAGAGAAAUCAAAGCUAGGGAGACAACAUUCGGACAGCGACACACUCCCGACACCCCGUGGAUUUGUACUGGGAGGAAGAAGAGCAGCAGAAGGCAUCAGGUGUCUGUCCUGACGUACAGGUGGCCUGGACUGUCAGUGUACCGGCUGGGUUUACCAGAGAAUGUAGCUGCAGCCUCCAGCAUCACCACACGACACACACAGCCAUGGGAGAAGCUCAGAAGGGCUUGCUCUCAGUGAUCCAGAAGCUUAAGGGCACCACAGAGCAGGAGCUGAGGAUAGUACUGCUGGGGCUGGACAACGCUGGCAAGACCACCCUGCUGAAGAGUCUGGCAUCAGAGGACGUCAACACCAUCACACCCACCCAGGGCUUCAACAUUAAGAGUGUGGCGUCCAAUGGCAUGAAGUUGAAUGUGUGGGAUAUUGGAGGUCAGAGGAAAAUCAGACCCUUCUGGAAGAAAUACCUGGACAACACAGACCUACUGAUCUACGUCAUAGACAGCGCUGAUAAGAAGAGGUUUGAGGAGACGGGAUUGGAGCUGUCAGAGCUGAUUGAGGAGGAGAACCUGAAGGGAGUUCCAGUCCUGAUCUUUGCCAACAAGCAGGAUCUGGCCACCGCCUCCCCAGCUAGUGAGAUUGCCGAGGGGCUCAACCUCCACACCUACCGGGACCGGCAGUGGCAGAUCCAGGCCUGCUCCGCAGUCUCCGGGGAGGGCGUCCAGGAUGGCAUGAACUGGAUCUGCAACAACAUUGUAAAUAAGAAGAAGUGAGUGACCAGACCUUCACACCUUCCUCUGCUGGGAGAGAGACAAAGACUCCUUUAUUUUUACACUGUCUGGUCAUGUUUUAUUACUGCAGUGUGUGUGUGUGUGUGUGUGUGUGCGUGUGUGUGUGUGUGUGUGACAGAGUGAGUGUAGUUGUGUGUGAGACAGAGUGUGUGAGGGACUCAGAGAACAUCUCUCAGUAGCUGGAGUCAACCCUCACAACAUGAAACGCUGCACUGGCAACAGAGGAAAAUCAGACCAUAAUCUG